AUGAUUGGCAGCAUUCCGAACACAUCAUUAUCAACAAAUCAUUAUCAGACAACAAAUGGUUGUUAUGUAUUGAAAUCUUGGGAAGCAGAAUUUCAACAAGCUAUCGAAAAAGCAAAACAAUUAUCAGAUGGCCAGGAUGUAUCAACAAAAUUGAAACUUUAUGGUCUUUACAAGCAAGCAACGAUUGGUGAUGCUAACAACAAACAACCAUCAUUAUUAUCACCUUCACAAGCAAAAUAUGAUAGUUGGAUGGAAUUCAAAGGAAAAUCAAUGGAUGAAGCACGAAAAAUGUACAUUGAUUUGAUUAAUAAAUUAUCUACAACGACACUAAAAGUUUCCCAAUCAACAGUUUGUGAUAGUCUAAAACCGACACCUGGUCUUGAUAUUAUCAUUGAAGAUAAGAUUUUAUGGAUAAAGCUUAAUAGGCCAAAUAAAUACAAUGCUUUAACUUUAGAGAUGUAUGAUGGUAUCAAAAAUGCCUUGAAUUAUGCAAAUGAGAUUGAUACAACAGUUACCGCAUUUAUCGGAUCAGGUCAGUAUUUCUGUAGUGGUAAUGAUUUGUCGAACUUCACUAAAGCUAAUGAUUCCAAGGACACAUCACGUAUGAUUUCUAAAAUAUCUCAGUUGCUGAGUUCUUAUGUUACUGCUUACAUCAAUCACAAGAAAGUUUUGGUUUCACUGGUUAAUGGUCCUGCAAUCGGUAUUGCUGUUACUGUACUUCCUUUAUUUGACCUGGUUCUAGCUUCUGAUAAGGCAACAUUUAGUACACCAUUUACAUUGCUGGGACAAUCUCCGGAAGGCUGUUCAUCGUACACAUUCCCAAUGUUAAUGGGACAUAGCAAGGCAUCAGAAAUUUUAAUUUUUGAUAAAAAAUUAACUGCACAAGAAGCAUUUGAGCGAAACCUGGUAUGUCGGGUGAUCCCAUCAUUCAGUUUUCGAGAAGAGGCAGAAAAUUAUAUACGAAAAAUUUCGCAAUUACCGUCUGAAUCAUUGUUCUGUAACAAAGAAUUACUCCGAAACAUCCAUCGUGAAGCACUUCUCGCACAAAAUGAACAUGAGAUUUCUUUGCUUAUGCAACGUUUGCAAAGCGUGGAGUGUUUGAAUGCAAUACAACGAUUUAUGAUAAGAAAGAAAUGA